AUGAGGAGCUUCGUCUGCUUGUCACUGGGUGCAGCUGUGAUCUUGCUUCUGGUAUUGGCUUCGGCCAUGGAGGCUGGAGCCAUCCGACUCGACGCGGGGACCCGGGCCUCAGUCAGCGGCGGCAGUAACCAAACGGCCACUGAUAAACCAACUAUGAACAAUGUCGUCGAUGUGGUCAAGGCUUCUGCUGGCUCAACAAGCGAGACGAAGAAGAGCGUGGACGUUGCCACGGGUGAAGUUAGGGCGGUGGCGCAUAAGAUGCCAGAGUUCCAUGAGGACUACUACGGCCCGAGUGAUCACAGCCCUAGGCACCACUGAUGGAGCAAAUUCUACACUGUUUGCUUUGUUUGUGUUUCCUCUCUCGAUCGAUGAUCUCUUGUAGAACAGAGUAUUUAUAGCUAGGUAGACGGUGACGGCUGUAGGCUAUUCAUGUAAGCUCAAGCAGUGGGC